AUGGUUCUUCCUCGUCGUGCUCUCAUUAGUAUCACCUCUGCCAAAGCCAAACUUUUUAAUGGCAAAGAAACCACAGGUCUCUUCAUCAGCGAGGCUCUUCACCCAUAUCAGGUCCUAACUGCCGCUGGAUUUGAUGUCGAUCUGGCCUCCGAGACCGGUUCCUAUACCCCUGAUUGGCUCUCUCAGCAACCCGACUUUCUGAAUGGCGAGACCCUCUCGACCUGGAGCGACCUCGACAGUGAAUUCCGCAAGAAACUCGAUAAUAUGCCCAAGGCCGCUGAUCUUGAUGGGUCUAAGUACGGUAUCUUCUACGCCUCUGCGGGCCACGCCGCUCUAAUUGAUUACCCGACAGCCUCUGCGCUGCAGAAAAUCGCAUCACAGGUCUGGACAAACGGUGGCAUUGUGGCAUCUGUUUGCCAUGGUCCUGCUAUCUUCGCUAACGUGGUCGAUCUCUCUACGAAUGAGCACAUUAUCAAGGGAAAGAAAAUUACUGGGUUUACUACCGAGGCGGAGCAUACAAUGGGAAUCGCUGAGGAACUCAAGAGCUGGAAUUCAGAGUUAGUUGAGGAACUAGCAGCUAGACUCGGUGCAACUUAUGAGCGUGCUCCAGGUAUCUGGGAUGACUUCCAUGUUGUUGAUGGCCGUCUGGUCACUGGCCAGAAUCCGGCUAGUGCAGCUUCUACUGCUAAGGCUGCGGUUGCUGCAUUUGAGAAGCUUUGA